AUGGCAUCUUCAGCUACUACAAUCAAUGAUAAAACAGUGGAAAAUCUCGUUAAAUGUGCUAUAUGUUUAGAUCUUUAUAAUGAUCCACGUUGUCUUUCAUGUUCACAUACUUUCUGUUAUCAAUGUAUUGAAAAUUUGUGUAAACAAGGAAUUAGUCAAUGUCCUAUGAGAGACAAUACGUUUAUACAUCGAUCUAUGAUUGAUAAAUUACCAGUUAAUCGAAUAGCUAAAGAUCUUGUUGAAUAUAUUUACAAAUCUUCACAAUCCAAAUCUUCAUUUUCAUCACAAACAAAAUGUGAUCAUUGUAAAAAAAUUUUAUCUGAAUUUAACUGUAAAACUUGUUCAAAACAUUUUUGUACAAUAUGUCUUAAAAUUAAACAUGAUAUAAAUCAAUUUAAAACUCAUUCAAUUAAUGUUAUUAUCAAUGACAAUUUCAAUAAGUUUUGUUCAGAACAUAUUGACGAAAAACUAAAAUAUUGGUGUAAUCUUUGUCAGAUACCUGUUUGUAGUGAUUGUCUUUUAUUUAAACACAAACAUCAUUCAUUUGUUAUAUUGGACAAUAUUUUACAGAAAACAAAAAUUCAACUUCAUUCAUCAGCACAACAACUAAGCUCAAUAAAAGAAAAUCUUGAAAAGUUAAAUAAAAAGACUACAGAAGCUUAUCAUACUCAUUAUCAAACACAUGUUAAAACAAAGAAUCAUAUUGAACAAACAAUAAAUCAAUUACAAACUCUUUUAGAAGAAAGAAAGGAAUAUUUAAUUAAUACAGUAUUAAAAAAUGAUACUAUUCAACAAAACAUUAUUCGAGCACAAAAAAGUGACAUUGAAGAUCAUUUGAAGACUAUUUUAAUCAGAGAAUUACUUACAAAACAAGUUUUGAAUAUCGAAGAUGAAUUUCAAUUAGUCAAAUUGAAAAAUGAUAUUAUCAAUUACAAUCAAUUAAUUCAAGGACAAUGUGAACAACUAAUGGAUGGUUGUGCUUUUGAUCUUCUACAUUUUACUAUCGAUAGUAAUUUAUCAACAAUACAACAAGAACUUCAAGAUCUAGGUAGUAUAUCAAGAGAAACAUUUUUAACUAAUAGUACUGAGAUUCGUCCAUUACUAAAACUAUCGGAAUUAUACGGUGAUCAGAAAUAUGAAGAAUUGCAAGGAACUUAUGCUUAUGGUUAUCGUUUUCAUUUAGCCCAACCAUUAACAUUAAAUGCUAUACAAGUUAAAGUGGCACUAUUCAAUUCUAAUUUAAGCGUUUAUAUCUUAGAUCAUAAUGAUAUUCUUGUCCAGAAAGAACUCAUCAAGACAAGUGAUAGACAUUUAACAACAUUGACAUGGAUAACUAUUCCUAUUACUUUUCAACUUCAACAUAAUUAUUAUAUUUUUGUAUGGACACAACCAAAUUCAGAAUCCUUACCAUUAGUUGCCUGUAAAGACUCUACUCACAAUUUACGUCAAAUUAAUCAACAUGUUUCGGUGAGAAGUAAACGUGCUCAAAUAAAUAACUUGACAAAUAUCAAUUUAAAUACAAAGAUUAAUGUACUCUAUGAUGCACUUCUUUUUGAUGAUGAGCGAAAUCCAACAGUACCAGCCAUUGAAAUGAUUCUAGAUAUUUAG